AUGGUGGAGGCGCGCUCUAAUCUCAACGACAAGGAUAAAUCCCCGGAUGGUAGUAUGGCAACCACCUAUGGUAAAUUCACGGGGCUUCAGAUUCCCUGCUUCGUGGAGGGUGCCGAGUACGACCUCAACAAUAUCUCUCAGGUACCCCGUGCGGAUAUGACUAGCUUCAACAUCAACGGCUCCGAUUACCAAGUCCCGGAAACGUGUCUCUACAAGGUUGGGGGGACCUCGGCUGGAGGCGUGCCCAUCUGUCAAACCCAGUGGUGGCUUGCACCUCUGUACCAUAAUCUCACAGCAACCUUCGACUCCGUCAGUGAUUCGUUCGAGAAACUUGCUGCGGCCAUUACUACUCAGUUCAGAAUCACGGGUACCAGCAAUGAGACAUUCUCUUUGACGGGCUACAAAGAGGCGGUUAUCGGUAGUGUGCUUGGAACAACAGUGUGUACGAGAUUCGACUGGCAAUGGGUUCUGCUACCUAUCACUCUGGUCUUUGCAACAGCCAUUCUGCUGACCGUCGCUGCUGCGCAAAGCUGGACUGAUCCGGCAAUACCAGUGUGGAAGACCUCAAUUCUACCAAUGCUUUUCUACAACAAAGUUGACUCCUCGCACAAUGAAGGAAUGCCAACCUUGGGUUUAGAUGAGCUGCAGAAGGUUGCAGAAACCACGAAGGCGAAGUUUCAAACUAGACCCAGCGCGAGAAUCGAAGGCGAUUUCACGGAAUAG